AUGAACCAACAACACGAAAUAAUGGAAAUGGUUACGGAAAUUACUAAUUUUUCUGCUCAAUACAUGAGAGACCACUCUGAAGCUGACGGGCCCGAAAUAACCCAAAAGUACUAUGAGUCAAAGCAUGUAACCCAGUUGCGUGGUGGAGUCGAGGUGAAAGAAUUUGACCAAGAUUAUACUACUAUAUUAAAGAGCGCGUUUAAGAAUGCUUUGGUAAAACCUCGAGAGGACUAUGUCGAC